GCCGAUACUGGAUUGUCCAGUCUAGUCGAAUACAUAAAAAGUCGAAUGUAAGUUGUAACUCACAAGGCAGUAUGGUCAAUAUGCGUAGGUAGCGUUGCACUUGAACGAUAUAAAAAAACUGCUGUUAAAUGUUGUCAAAAAUGUCAAAUCAAGCGGCGAUACGGCGAGCAACAAGACAAGACUUACAAGAAAGCUGUACGUUAACGGAUGUUAUUGUAUCGAUUUAACAUAAAUUUGCGUUUACCACGCUAUAUUCGUCAUGGAUAUUGUCUUUUUCAGUGAUCUACAAUGUCAUGAAAAUUGAUUCAAUGAUUGUGUUUUAGGAAAAGUGCAAUUGUUUACAAAAUCGGGUGUGGACACUAAACACAUUUUCGAGUGGUGUGUCAUGACUCAGUAGUCACAGAAAACAAUGGGAAAACUGUGGAGCAGUGUCAUUGCGGCUGUUGUUCUAUGUUUUGUCUGUUGCGGGGGCGAUCGUGGAGAUUAUGUCGGCUGCUACAAAUUCAUGUUGGAGGAUGUACUGAAUACGCACACGGGCCAGUCGGUGGACGUGUGUUUGUCGGCUUGCGAGCAAGUUUUCUACAAGUACGCGCUCAUCGGUAACGAAUCUACAUGUUUUUGUGGUAAUAAACCGGGUCGCUUCAGAGUGCCAAUAGAAGUAUGUGACACUCCUUGCCCUAAGAAUGAGACUCAAAAAUGCGGCGGAUUGAACGCUAGCAGUGUGUACGAUACAGACGUCGUGGCGCCAGGAGCGCCGUCUUCAUUGGAAGUGUUGAGAGUGACAGAAACUACUGCCCGGCUGCAAUGGUCCUCUCCAGUGGCUUACACUCUAAUUACAGGAUAUGUUGUGAGAGCUUACGUCACUGAAACUUACGCAGACUUUCCACUGCUGCCUUUCGAGUGGCGACUCUCCAACAGCACCUUUGAAUUUAUCCUACCUAACUUACAUCCCGGGUCUUCAUACAAUGUGACAGUGGCUGCUACCAAUCAUGACGAGGAAGGUCCCAACAUCACUAGUUCGUUCACUACCGUAAUAGGAACACCAGAUCCGAGUCCCCCUGAUAUAAUUAUAAAGGAGAGACGUGGGAACCGUAUGGUUGUCCAUAUUCCACCAGCCAAGAAUGUGAAUGGCCCUGUUUCUAUGUACAGAAUUGUGGUUUCCAUAGAAGUGUACCAGCAAGGGUUCCUGACUGAGAACCUUGGUAAUUAUUCAUAUGCCAAAGAGCAGGGGCUUCCUUAUUACAUAACAGCAGAAUUAGAUCCUGAUGAUAUUAAAAAUGACUUUGUCAUCGGAGACAAACAUGUUUAUAAUGGGUUCUACAAUGCCCCUCUGGAGUUAACUAAUGAUAUUGAUGUCUCCCUGGGGGUGGUCAGCGAGAAGGGUUCUGUGCGGAAGAUCAGGUAUGCAGAGUCUACUAAAAAGAUUAUUUUGAACAUCAAUGAGCCUGAAGAUGUGUCACCGAUGGUAGUAGCCCUUGGUGCUGGUAUUGCUAUAGGGGUAGUACUGCUAUUGAUCGGAGUGGGCCUCCUUAUAAUUCUUAGGAAGAGAAUCCAAUUCGCCAGAAUGCAGAGAGGCUCGCAAUCCAUGCCACUCAAUCUGAGCGAGCCUUGCAUGGAGAUAGAGAACUCUGGGUUUUUACAAGACGAGGAUGAGAGAGUGGACUACUACGGUAAUUUAAAACGUAAACUAUGGAAUAUCCCUCGAAAUCUCAUUGAUAUAGAUAUUUCUUGUGUUGUUGGACUGGGCAGUUACGGGAAAUUCACAAAAGGAAAAGUUCAACAGCACGGAGCUCAGACGCCAGGUUUGGUGCAGAUCAUCUCAGACAGGGAACUAGAGAAGCCUGAUAAGAGACUCAUGCUGCAAGAGUUGGAUCUUCUUAUAAAAUCAAGUGAACACGAAAAUGUAAUUUCUCUUAUUGGUAUCUGCGAAACCAACACAACAUUAUUUGUAGUAUUACAAGACACCAAGCAAUCAUUGAAAGAAAUGUUGAUUCAGAGUAGGCACAGGGAUCUUCAAAACAACAAGUUUUGUCUCGUCACAGAAAACCAAGUGCUUCAAAUGUGUGUGGACAUUGCUCGGGGCAUGGAGUAUCUGCAUAGUAAAAAGAUUGUGCACAAAUGUUUGAGCUGCCGUAACAUUGUGAUCACCGAGAAUGGAGUGACGAAAGUGUCUGGAUUUGGUCUCUCACAUAUCCGGCCUAUACACGAGACACCUGACUACACUCGAUGGACCUCCCAUGAGAUGCUGCGGCAAACGAGGUUUAACCCUAAAGCUGACAUUUGGUCUUUUGGUUGUCUGUUAUGGGAGGCUUUAACUAUUGGUGGGACUCCAUAUUCUCAUACCGCGUGCAAGGAUGUAGCAGCCCGAGUGUUGCGUGGCAUGCGGCCGUCUCAGCCUUCGUAUGUGGGGGAUGAGUUGUUCCAAGUGUGCCUGCAGUGUUGGCAGGUGGACCCUGAUGAACGGCCAACAUUCUCCUCCCUCUAUCACGAACUGUUACCUUUCGUGGAGGCUCCGGGCACCAGGAGCAUAAGUUUCACCCAUUACAAUGGCUUCAAUUAUGAACCUUAUGUUCCACAAUACGAAAUACUUUCAUAGUUUUAACUAUAGUGUUAAUUGAACUAGUUAGUACUCGUGACAAUAUUAUGUAAUUCUUUUAGCAUAAGCAUCCAAAGAUUAACAUUUUUAUAAGUAGGACCUAUUCAAAAUUACACUAACAUACAAUUUUCCUUAACGCUUAUUAUGUACUUGGCAAUAUGAGGAAAAUUGUUAUCUUGCAAUGUUUUUCCUGAUCAUUGCUAGUGGGAAUAUAUGGCAUUAUUGAAUAUAUUAUUGAAUCUCGUUAGCGCCAAUGUUGAUAAGAUACUAAAUGAUUGAAGUUGGUAACAAAAAUUUGGCUUAGCAACUUCAUAUUCAAUGGGCUCCAAUCAUAACAAUUUCUAUGAAGAAUUCAAAUUAAUUAGCGUUAUACUAAUAGUCGGUCGGUAGUACGCGACGGCCUCAAUGGCGCAGCGGUAGUACGCUUGUCUGUGACACCGGAGGUCUCGGGUUCGAAUCCUGGCCAGGGCAUGAUGAGAAAAGAACCUUUUCUGAUUGGCCUGGGUCUUGGAUGUUUAUUUAUAUAAGUAUUUAUUAUAAAAUAUUGUAUCGUUGAGUUAGUAUAUCUCGUAACACAAGUCUCGAACUUACUUCGAGGCUAACUCAAUAUGUGUUAUAUGUCCAAAAAAAAAACAUACAUCAUUCAAAUUUGCCAUGAAGAUGUUGGCACAGUACCUAAUUAGAAUUCACACAAAUUGUUUCCUCCAUUCAGUAAGCAGUUUUUAUAUCCAGUUGAAUCUCAUUACGGAUUUCCCACAAAAACUUUGGUUUAAUUUACCUUGUAUGAAUGAAAUAAAGUAAUAAAACGAAGUUGACUAGCUGUCGCCCGACGACUUCGUACGCUUUAAUUUUAUGAGGAUGAAUUUUAUAACGUGGUGCUAUUGAUUUAAGCUGGUCUAUAAGUGGUUAACAGUCCUCAACACCCGAGUUAACUUUACUGAGUGAUUGGGCAACAUCCCAGUAAAUAGCUUCACAAUAAUGCAGUUUCACCUAAUCCAUCCAUUUUCCGGAGAUAAGCAUGUGCAGACAGACUAACAAUCAAUUUUUUUAUCUGUUUUAAAAUAUCCUCUCAGGCGUUCUAUGACAGUAUUAUUUCUUCUACACUUUUCAUAUUACUUAGGUCAUUCAGAACACGUGCCACUUGACUUCAUAUUGAAUUUUCUUGUGCAAUAAAAUAUUGGUUUUUCGACUACGGUAGUCACAAUUAAUUUUUCAUAUUGAUUGAUUGAAUAUGCAUUUGAUUAAAUUGGUACCUACCGUACGUUUUAUACUCUUUAAAUUAUGUUCAAUAAAAAUCACAAAAGUAGUAUGUAUUAAGCUUUUAUAUUAUUUAAAUCCUGUAUAAUCUCAUAUUUAUGUAUUUUAGAAUCUCUGACUUUAGGCUAAGCUACGGAUUUUAUAUUUAAUCGAAUUCAAUAUUUUAAGAUGACUAACUAACUUGUAAAUAUGUUUGUGUUACCCACUUAGUAUAUAAGCAUAACUGUAACGUACUUUUUUUGUAUAUUUUGACAUAAAUCUAAGAUUUAAGUUUCACAUUUAGCCAGAAAUGCAUUUUAAUCGACCUGUAAUUCUAUGAGCUAUCUGUUCUUUCAAGUGUUGGUAUGGAUAAUUAUUGAUGAAGAACAUACUUCAGUGUUACCACUUUUAUAAGUUACACCGAUGCUCCUGCGCAUUAUAAUUUUUUUAUGGCGCGAAAAUAUUUAAGCAGUUGAGCCCAUCAGAGCGCGCCAUUUUACCUGCGAAUAGUGAUGUAGCAGGUGACAUUAAUUUAAUGAAUUUGUAAUAAGGGCGUUAUUUUAUUGAUUUCAUUCGGUCCAAUUGAGCGAUAUUUUGCGUUAUUCUGCGCAGUCAUAUAGUUCUUAUGCGACUUAUGAAAGUGGGAGAAUUUAUGUCUCUUUUAAUUCUUGUAACACGACGUUAGCAACCUAUCAAUAUCUCAAUUCCAUCGUUUGUUAAGUUCUUCGAGAUUUUUAGAGCAUACCUACUUUAAAUUCUGUAAUAUAGGUAUGUAUGUAAAACGACUAAAAGGAGUCGAGUCGACUUGAAGAAAUGCAACCCAGUCAUGUUUCCCUUGUAUUUUUAUAUAAGUUUAGUGUAAGAAUACUGUAAAAAAAUGUAGAUUUAAAUAAUACCAAUAUAACAAGCAAUAUUCACCAUUUGAAUUGGAAGUAAUGGUAUUUAUUUGAUAACGAUUUUAUGUAUGUCUAAUGUUCACGUAUAUUCAUUUCUCAAAACCCUUGGAAGGGUUUUGGUUGAGGUGAAAAUUUUUGAUUUGGGUGAAUUUAACCUUUUAUAGCUUUAAGUGAACUGUUCUUGCUAUUUUGUAUCUAUUUUUUUAUAGCAAGGUCAACUAAUAGCUUGGCAACACUACAUAAUAUAUUCUUGGUCUAAAAGGCCUAAGAAACACGAUGCAAGGUCACAAGUUAAGCAUUUUCGUUUGGCAUAAAGAGUAUUAUUCUUAUAAUUGUGAGACUGUGAGAUCUUAAUUUGACAUGACAUUUCAACUAUUGUAACGAAUCUAGUUUAUAUCCGUCCAUGUAUGUGUAUUAUCUAUAGACUAUAGACAGAUAGUAAGAUUAUAGACAGGACAUUUGCUAGAAAACGUUGCAUAUUUUACAAAGCUUUUUUGUAGUGGUAAUUCCCCAUGAUAGUGCUGCUUCCAAAGGGACUUUUAUUUUACUUAUUACCUAGCUGUGCCCACGACUUCAUCUGCGUGGAAAAAUUAUUUUGGGCAUCAUUGCCUUCAAGGAUGAAUAAUUUUCCCCGUUUUUUUUCACAUUUUCACAAUAGAUAAAAGCUGUUUGAAUUUUUAUACAUUUUGGAAUUCUCUGCAGUUUUCCAACAAAUGUUCUGUCUUUGUAACCAUUUUGUAAUACCUGUGCUGUUUUCGUAUUAUUUGUAUGCGAUGCUGGUAUCGCCUUUUUAAUUUAUAAUACAAUA